UGCAGAGGCGGGUGUCAGGGUAGAAAACGAGCCAGCAAGGUCCUUAUGGUCCCAUCUAGAGACAUCAUGAGAUGCUUAGCUGUUCACAUUGUUUAUCUGCUGGUGCUGCAAGCUAAGCAUGUUUGCGGAGACUGUACCACAUGUAUUGCGACAGCCACUGGGCAAAGCUCUGACUCCUGGACUCCAACCUCUACCUCAACCAUGUCAAAUCUCAUCACUGUCAAUGAGUCCAUAACAUCCAGCAACACCACCAGCAUCAGCUUCAAAGCUACAACCAACCAAAACCAGCACAGCUCAUCUCAAACCCCAAACCCCACCACAGGAACCUCAGUGCACUAUCUGCUGACCUCCACUGGAACCCUGCCAUCCAGUGUUCCUCCAACUAUCACCACCAACACCACCAACACCACCAUUAACACCAUCAGUUCUUCUAAAAACAGUACCAUUUUGUUUCAGAAUCCUCUUCACAGCAGCACCACUUCCUAUUUCCUCAGUCGGGUUCUUGUCAGGUUCUUGCUCUGCCCUGUUCUCAUUUCAGCAACAGUGCCAUAAGGUUCCUCCACAAAGACAAGCUGAGGAAUCCUCUAUGUUUCUGGCUUUUUCUGGACUUUAUUCCUUAAAUACUUUACACAUUACUUUCAGAUUGUUCUAAAAGUUGAAAUACAACACAAAGCCAUGAGAAAGAAUUUUAGAUUGAAUAAAUACAACACUGUCAUGAAAGCCAGAACAGAGACCUACAUGUUAAGUGUCUGAGCACGAUGCGUGCUGUGUGUACGGUUCUUAGACCAGGGCUGGAGCAAUGAUAUGAACUUUUAGUUUUAUUUUACCUUUAUUCUCUGUAGGUUUUUUGUCUUUUAUACAAUUGCUAUAUCUUUAGACAUUUUUUUCUAUUUGUAUUUCUAGAUGUUGCAUGAUAUAAAUUUAUGACAUAUUUUCUACUUUAUUAGAAUUACUU